AUGACACCAGCUGGGAACCUGUCCCUUGUACUGGUACCUGCUGUCCUCGCAGUCAUCCUCGGCGUCGGCGACCUGUAUUUUGGCUGGAACUUCCUGUCCCCCGGGCAAAGCAGCCACAGAACCCAUGGCAAGGGACCAAAGACGUACCUGUUGUCAGAAGAUCCCUUGGUGGUGUACAUCCAAGACUUCAUCACUCCCCAAGAGGCGUCUCAUCUAGUCCAGCUCGCUGAGCCGCGCUUCAAGCCGUCCGUUCUCUGGACCGACGAGGGCAAAGUCCAUCGCGACGCGGCCUACCGAUCGUCCAUGACGGCCAAGCUGCCCACACAGGACAACAUCAUCCAACAGAUCGAGGACCGCGCGCGUUCGUUCCCUUUCCACAAGGCCGUCGGCGACUUCCAACCCUUGGUCGUGCAGAACUACGGCAUCGCGGGGCAAUAUCGCGACCACUACGACUGGUACGGCGACGCCAGCGCGGUCGGCGGCAACGUCGCCUCGACAUUUUUCGUGUACAUCCACGCCAACUGUACGGGCGGGGGUACAAACUUCCCUCGACUGACGCCGCCGCCGGAGGCAGAGGAGUGGUGGUGCCAGUUCAUCGAUUGUGACCGGCCCCUGGAUGACGGCGUCACCUUCAAGCCCAUCCAGGGAAACGCCGUGUAUUGGAAUAAUCUCCAAGCCGACGGCAGGGGGAAUCCAAAGACCUUGCAUGCGGGGAUGCCGGUGACUUCGGGGAGUAAGAUGGGGUUGAAUAUGUGGACGUGGCAGUCUAUCUGA